GGAGCAUCAUGACACUCAUUCCGGCAUUCCUCAGCUGCCCAAUCACACUGACACAAAGCGAUGCCGCAGAGGAUCUGAAAGCCGGUGACUGAGCUUCUCUGGUCGUUGCUUCUCUCGUCGUCCGCGCAGGGAGGCUUAGCGCUGAUGGAAGAGCACCAGGAAGAGCAGGAGGCUCCUCUCCUACCGGGUCAGCAGACAAGGAAAGAUGCCUUUCGUCGUGUCCAUCGUGCGGCGUUUGCAGGUGCUGAGGCAGCCCAUCUUCUGACACUGCAGGAGCAUGCUACGGUCGUCGCUCAGUCGCUGCACGCAGAUGGGCAAAUCGAUGGACAUGAUCCGCCACAGGUGAGCAUGCCAAAUGAAGGAAUGAAUGCCUCAAGAUGAUCUGAUCAUCCUUCUGUUGCCCUUCUGUUGCUUCUGCGUCAGCCAUCGGUCCAUCAUUUUUCACUUCAGCCAGCCGACGAAUGGCCCUUUAGCCAUCCACCGGCUCUCCCUCUAUCUCCCCCAUUUCUCCCCCCUGCCGAGCAUCCCCACCUCUCAUCGAACAUGACGCCCCGUUCUUACGCCCUGGUCCCAUUCUUCUCGUCGGACGAGCAGCAGCCGAGCGGUGCGAGUGAAGCACUGUGUGACUUUGACCAUGUGACUGACGGCACUGCCCAGAUGGUGACCACACAGACAAGCAGCGAUGCUACUGCACAGAGGGAUGCUACAAAUAGACUGCCUCACCGAUUGUCUGUGCUCUCUUCUUUUUGGUGCAGCAAGCAGCAGCGGACCAGCAGGGUGCACCUGCACAAGAGGCUCCUCCAUCUGGUCAGCAGACAAGAAUGCACGCACCCAGACAUGCUGUUUCAUCGCGUCCAUCGUGCUGUCGUUUGCAGGUGGUCAGCCUCUGGCCUACAGCUGGAGCGAGGACAAUUCAGUGCAGCGAGCCGCUCCAGCCAUCAGCGACUCGCUGCACCCAGAUGGGCGCACCGAUGGGCUUGGUCUACCACAGGUAAGCAGAGAAGAUAACGCGUGCAUCCAUUGAUUUCAUCCCUUUGUCGCGUGCCUGUCUGUUUCGUUCAGCCAUCGGGCCAUCAUUUAUCACCACCAGUGGAGGCUCACCCAUCAGCAGUCCAAUGGCCCUUCGGUCAUCCCGCCGCUCUUCCCCCUUUCAUCCCACACAACCACCUCGAACCAUUCCCUCCUGCCGGCUACCAAGAUCCCUCACUUCCCAUGCCCCUCCCAGCUCACUCCUCUGACUCUCACUUCCAGCUCCCUCUCAUUGACCCACUCAUGGCUGGCGCACCUGGCGGUCUACCGCUCUCCACAGAGGGAUCGCUGAGGCAGCGAGCGUCAUCCCUCCCACCCCCACGGACACACAAGGCGGCGCCUGAAGUGACGCUCGCCGAGAGAGAGGCGCUGCUGGCCGACUUCGAGAGGCGCAAGGAGCAGGGAGAGGAGCUGACCAUGAGGGCAUUUGCAGUCGAGAAGGGAAUCACUCUCAGCCAGUUCAAGCACUGGUACUAUCGGUCAAAAGGGGGGGCACAUCAUGAGGCGGCGGACAAGACAAAGAAGCGCACCAGGAAGUCGCCCUAUCAGCCGAUCGAAGACGAGAUACGCCAAUGGCUGGUUGGCCAUGAUGAUCCGACUAGCAUCUCCGUGGAGCACAUGCGCCGCACGGCACUGGAGAUUGCGCAGCGGCUGGGCAUCAGUGGCUUCAAGGCGAGCGAUAGGUGGAUCAGUGAUGUGAAGAAAAGAUACAAGCAGGUGGGACAGAGGGCACACAAGCGGGGGACGAGUGGACGAUGGAUUGCACGUCUGUCGCCUUUGCCUGUCGUCCAGACUGUUGCUUCCACCGAUCAGACUUCCCCCGCUGCUGCUGCUGAUGCUGCUGCCGCAAGUGCCGUCCCACCUCCCUCGAUCUACACCAACGGCAUGACGGGCGACCAAGACUGCGACGCGUUCCCGCAAGAAGGAACGCACAGACUGCGCGGAGCUGACGCAUCGAAGUACACGCAAGGGGCAUUGAACCAGACCGAUCAGGUGACAAGCAAUCGACACAUCACGCCCAUCUUCUUAUGUUCUAGCCACAUCUUUUGUGCUGUUGGCAGAGCCGCGAAGGAGGGCAAUUUGUGUCGGCUGCCGCCGCGGCGUCUUCUCAUCCCCCUCAUUCCCUUCCCUCUACACUUACCCACCGGCCGGAGCUGCACAUGCCAGCUGCAGCAGCUGCCGCGGCUCUCCCUGCACCUACCUACUCAUCGGCAGGUGGACACAUGGAUGCUGCAGCGGCCGCGGCAGCGGCUCUCGCUUUCCAGAUGCAUCCACCCCACACACCUUCCCUACCUAUUCCCGUCCCUCACCAGUCACCACAGAGGGAGCUUUCCGACGUGAAGGGACUGAGCAGACCGGUUCGCAACACGCGCCCGUAUGGUGCUUCAGCGACAUGUGUUUCUCUUCUCGCAGAGCACUGAGUCUGUUGCAGCCCCGCCAUCAAGCCGCGAGGGACUGAGCGAUCAGCAGGUACGACAUCAGACGAUGCACCCAGCCCGUGAAUGUAUGUCGUGCGCUGUGUUGCAGGGCCAAGUGGCUGACGAGUCAGCUGCGGUGCGAAUGGCGGAUGGCUUCAUCGGCCGUCGUCAUAACGAUUGGGUGACUCAUCGGCGGUUGAGCGUGCAGAACCCACCGGCUGCUGACGGCGAUCGAAGGCUGCACCAGCAAUCGCAGUACUCGAGACAAGAGGCUCAUGUGCCUGCCGCAGCUGCUGUCGCCAGUACCCAUCCCCAUUUUCCAGUGCAGCCGCCCCACUCCCAUCCCUUACCCAGGCCCCUCACCCACCCGUUGGAAGCAGCUCCGGCUGCCGCUGCUGCAAGUCGGGAGGCGGAUGGGUUCAUCGGACCGACGACCGACCUCAGCCGACAGGUAACACACUAAUCCUGACACCACGGCGACAACUGAGGCCUUUUGUCUGCCUGUCUGUCUGUCUGUCUUGACUUGGCUGGCUUCAGACCACCACCUGCCCACCAGACGACGAUGCUGCUGUCAGCGAUCGGCCGCUCGACGAGCAAUCGCAGCAUUCGGGGCAAAAAACCAUGAGCGUAAGCCAACCAACAGGGCUCACUAAUCUGUUCAACAAAGCAGCAUAUUUCGGCUGUCUGUGUUGUCGUUCAGAUUUUUCAGUCUGGGAGUCGACUGACCAACGAGAGGCCGCCAAACAAGAUCCAAAAGGCUCCCACACGCAGCCACCGAGAGGGCCCGCCGUCUGUGGUGAGUGAAACGCCAUGAAAUAAACAUCCACACAGACGGGGAGGCAUCGUGCUGUUGUGUGUGCAGGUGCUGUCCCGUUCAUCGGCCAAGUCUGUGUUGACAAUGACUGCCGACGAUCGCCUCAGUGACAUACCAGAGGUCAGACACACACAAGGAGGCCAAUUGAGAGCAUUAGGACGCGUCUGGCUCUCUAUGCUGUGCGAUUAGGAUGACGAUGGUGACGCGAUUAACGUGUCUGACGAUGCGAGUAGUUAUGUCACGGCCCUCUCAAGUCGCAGCACGACUGACGGGGACGACCGAUCGCCCGACCGCCAGGUGAGAAUGCCCAUGGGGUGAUUGCAGCAUCACCACGAUUGUCCUCACCUCCCUCUCUGUGUGUGCAGGUGGUCACUGGCAGCAGUCUGACUUCGACUGAGUGUGCGGCCCUCCGCCCCGUUUUGGCGCUCGGCAUGUUGGACGAAUGUGAAUUGACUCUGCUGUACAGGUGCGACGCACAAACCACAUCACAGACACUGCAGUCAAUCAUGUGCCCUUCGCUGUUGUCUCUGAUGUUCUCAGGGCGUCGCGUGACGGCGCAGAGUAUGGCGAUUUGCUGCGCUGUGUGGGCGACGCGCAGCAGCUGGUGUUCGUCAUCCGCAAGGACAAGUACGUCUUCGGCGCCUUCAUCAGUGCCAACAUCCUAGUGCCCGAUCACCCAAGAGGCAUGAACCGCUACCUUUGUGAUGGGUGGGAUUUCUCGCUGGCCGGCCACUUCCCCAGACCGACCAAGGUCGGGGAAGGCCUGGCCGGGCAGAUGUGGGGGGACCGGCUGCCAGUGGGUGGGGCGAAGCUGUGGAUCGGUGCGAUCGGUGGGUGGCUGGAGUUGGGCUGUGAGGGUGGCGUUGCUGCUGAUAUGCGCAGCUGCCGUCAUAUCAUCAGCAGCCAUCGUGUGCUUGAGGGCUAUGUGGGGGUGAGGGAUGAGUAUGGCCGUGCUCUGUUUGGGGGCAGUGAGGAGUUUAUGGCCGAUGAAGUGGAGGUCAUUCGUGUCGACGGUCGGUCACUGCUCUCACUCAAGGUCACACACACGUCAGCGAGAGAGAGCCGCAUCGACGCCCUGUUGAUUUGAUUGCAGGUGAUCGAGGGUGCGAAUUUUGAUCCGCUCCACUCUGCCGCACUCUAUCGGUUCCUCGGACUGACAACUGGAAACACACUGAAGCUCAUCUACAGGUGUCAUAAAUCGUCCAUCGUUUGACUCUCUCUCUCUCGUCUUCCUUCUCUUUUCAGGGCUUCCCGUGACGGGCCAUUAUACGCCGAUCUGCUGCGGUGUGUUGGCGAUGCGAAUAGCCUGGUGUUCGUUGUCAGCAAGGACAAGUACGUCUUCGGCGUCUUCAUCAGUGAGGUCAUCCGGCUGCCCGACUACAACGACUACGGCUGCGAUGUGUGGCACUUCUCGCUGGCCGGCCACUUCCACAAGCCCACCAAGAUAGAGGAGGGGAAAGGUAGAGUGUGGGUGGCAGGGCGGGGGGGGACACUUUUUCGGGCGAAGCUGGUGAUCAGUGGGAAUGGGUGGCUGGAGUUGGGCUCUGAGGAUGGCUCUGCUGCUGACAUGCGCAGCUGCCGUCAGUGGAUCCACAGCUGGGAUGUGCCUCAGGGCUAUGUGGGGGUGAGGGAUGAGGGUGGCCGUGCUCUGUUUGGGGGCAGCAGGGAGUUGUCAUGGCUGAUGAAGUGGAAGUGCUCACUGUGGUUUGAGAGGGAGAGAGAGGUCAGAUUGACUGAGGACUGCAUAUGAUUACUCAAUAUGGUACGUUUUGAUGGCUGUAUGUGUGAAGGUAAACUGCUUUUAUCCAGUGUGCUGCGAGACUUUUCACUUUGGCCCUCCGUGCUUGUGCUUUGCUUGUGUGAUUGGUCUGGUGCGAUGUGGUCUGUCCGCAUAGAAUACACAGCUGACAGACAGAUAGAGUGUGAGACGUCCAUCAGAUGACAGCCAAAUGGCGUUUUGUGUACGUAUGUGUGCGUGUGUGUGUGUGUGCGCGUCCGUGUAUGUGUAGU